AUGUCCUAUCAAAGUCUCCUAAAAGCUACUAAUGGGUUCUCUUCAGACAAUUUAAUUGGAAUGGGUAGUUUUAGCUCUAUGUAUAAAGGAGUUCUUGAUCAGGAUGGAACUAUUGUUGCCGUAAAGGUACUUAACCUUUUGCGUCCAGGGGCUUCCAAAAGUUUUCUUGCAGAGUGUGAGGCCUUGAGAAACAUUAGGCAUCGGAAUCUUGUGAAGGUGGUCAUUGCAUGUUCAGGUGUUGAUUACAGAGGGAAUGAUUUCAAGGCACUAUGGUGGGUCACGGUGGAUCCAAGAUCGGGUAUGGGAGAUUCGAAGAUUUGCUACUGGAGCAUGAGACCUGCAGCUUUUAGUUGGGCGGUGCUAUUUUUCCGUUCUGAGCUCAUGGAAUGGAUCAGCCCCCUUCUGCGAAUGGCACGGUGUUACAUGUGCUUGACGCCACCAAAGGGUCACCAAGUUGGACCUUCGUUACCAAGCAUUAUUUGGGACCAUGCCGCCACACAUCGGGAAUCUAAGCUUCCUUAG